AUGGGGUCCCAAAGGGACCUGGCAAGGCCAUCAAAUACGUCUGAUAACACAUCCAAUUCUGAUGUAUGUCAACCUAUGGAAGAUAAAGAGACAGAUGAUUUCUUGGAUGAAGCAUAUAAGAAAAGUGUUAGUGAUGGGAUAAUGAAACACAAUAAAGAGAAGAAACUCCGUGAGUUAUCCAGCCAGGACGUGUCUUUUCAGGACAAAAAGUCUCAAUUACAUAAGAAAGUAGCAGAGAAUAUUGUUAAGGAUGUAUUUGAUUUCACGGCUACUUCAACAUCUGAGAAAAAUCAUGCGACUGAAAUUUUGCUGACGCCCGUCAGUGAAAAUCAUGUGACCGAAAAUAAUG